AUGGAAUACACAAACCUCGGCACCUCCGGCCUAAAAAUCUCCAAAGUAAUCCUAGGCGGAAUGUCCUUCGGCUCCUCAAAAUGGUACGACUGGGUCCUCAACGCUUCCGACGCCCUCCCACUACUAAAACACGCCUACGACGUCGGGAUCAACACCUGGGACACAGCGGACGGGUACUCACACGGGGAAUCAGAACGUAUCAUCGGACAGGCCCUGAAGAAGUACGAGAUACCUCGAAGUCGGGUGGUCGUAUUAACGAAGUGUUAUUUCCCCGUGGUGGAGGAUGGGGAGUAUAGUAGUAACUUUAUGGCGCCGAAUGAUGGAGAACUGGUUAAUCGCGUGGGACUGAGUCGGAAACAUAUUCUGGAUGCGGUAGAUGCUAGUGUGGAGCGGUUGGGGACUUAUAUUGAUGUGUUGCAGAUUCAUCGGUUGGAUAGGGAGACGCCUCGGGAGGAGAUUAUGAGGGCGUUGAAUGAUGUUGUUGAGAGUGGGAAGGUGAGGUAUAUUGGUGCUAGUAGUGUGAGUCCCUUCCGCCUUCCUUCUUUUGAUUGUGUUGUGUGAGUACUAAUGUACGGUAUACCAGAUGUUCGCAUGGGAAUUCCAGACGUUGCAGAAUAUCGCAGAUAAGAAGGGAUGGCAUAAAUUCAUCUCCAUGCAGAACUACUACAACCUCCUCUACCGAGAAGAAGGUCCAUUCCUCCCAUCCACCAUAGCCUAAAACCUACUGACCAAGUUGUCACCACAGAACGAGAAAUGAUCCCCUACUGCCGCGACGCCGGCAUAGGACUCAUCCCCUGGUCGCCCAUGGCCCGCGGGGCUCUCUCGCGACCCUACGACAGCCGGGACACGCUGCGCGAGAAAUCCGACUGGGCACUCAAAGGCAUGAUCCGCGGCAAGGAAGCCGAGAUGGACAAGCAGUGCAUUUUGCGGGUUGAAGAGCUCGCGAAGAAGAAGGGCGUCUCGAUGGCGACGAUUGCCAUAGCCUGGUGUCUAGGGAAGGAAUCCGUGAACCCGAUUAUUGGGCUGAAUACUAAGGAGAGGAUUGAUCAGGCGGUGGAGAGUGUUAGGUUUGCUAGUGCGGAGGGGUUGACGCUGGAGGAUGUGGAGUAUUUGGAGGAGGGGUAUGUGCCUAAGGAUGGGAGGCAAGGGUAUUAG